AUGCCAUCAGACAUCCCCACCUCGUGCCGCGCCGUCGUCAUCGACAAAGUCGGUGCGCCGUGGACCAUCAAAGACGUGCCUGUUUCCGCCCCGAAUCCCGGUGAAGUCCUCAUCAAAGUACAGGCUUGCGGUAUCUGCCACUCUGAUGUUUUUCUUCAACAAGGCCAUCUUGGCGACCACGUUUUCCCGCGUAUCCCGGGUCACGAGGUGAUUGGCAAGGUGGUUGCAGUUGGCGAAGGAGAGAAGAGGUGGAAGGUGGGGGAUCGGAUUGGGGGAGGGUGGCAUGGGGGACAUGACGGUGUGUGCAAGGCGUGUAAUCGGGGGUUGUUCCAGAUAUGUGAGAAGAAGGAUAUAAAUGGGGUUAGUAAGGAUGGCGGAUAUGCCGAGUAUUGUACGCUCCGCAGCGAAGCCGCGGUACGCAUUCCGGCUGAUGCGGAUGCCGCUGAGUACGCUCCUCUGCUCUGCGCUGGUGUUACGGUGUUCAACGGGAUGCGCAAGAUGAAUAUCCAGCAGGGUGAUACGGUGGUUGUUCAGGGCUUGGGAGGUCUGGGGCACUUGGCUCUACAGUAUUCUCGCAAGAUGGGAUACAGGACGGUGGCGCUGUCUUCUUCGAGUGAUAAGAAGGACUUUGCGUUCCAACUAGGAGCGACGGACUACAUCGACACGUCCAAAGAGUCGGCAGCAGAGGGACUCCAGAAGAUGGGGGGCGCAUCCCUCAUUGUCGUUACAGCACCAAAUCCACAAAUUAUAGGGCCUUUGGUUGACGGGCUCGGACCACUGGGUAAGAUGCUUGUUCUUGCGCCUGUGGGUGACGUGCCGAUUAACACUGUGAGCCUGGUUCUGGGGGGCCGCUCCGUCCACGGCUGGCCAUCGGGACACGCACUGGACAGCGAAGAAGCGAUUGACUUUGCGGAACGUCAAGGGGUCAAGUGCAUGAUUGAGAAAUUUCCAUUUGAUAAGGCGGAGGACGCAGUCAAGCACAUGGAAAGUGGCAAGGUGCGCUUCCGCAGCGUCAUUGUCAUGGACUAA